AGGUCCUAUCGUAAAGAUGUCGUUGAAUGUUUAUUUGAAUUUUUUUUUUAAUCGACAAUGGUAGUGUGUUUUAAGCUCAAAAAAAAGAAAAAAAAUGGGCCAUCCAGUGUACCCACGUCCACGCAACAAUUACAAUCCAGUUUAGCCUAUUCUAUUUUUAUUCGGUGAUACAACACCGCUGAAGUUAUAAAAACCCAUCACCACAAACCCAUAGACAAAAGCCAUGGCGUCUUGUAUGCAGAGAUGGGUGGGAAAAUUAGCCAUCGUAACAGGCGCAAGUUCUGGAAUAGGCGCUGCCCUUACCGAGAAACUAGUAGACGCUGGUGUUAACGUUGCUGGUAUAGCUCGUCGUGUGGACCGAAUCCAAGAACUUUCCAAAAAGCUCUCCGGCAAAAAGGGCCACCUUUACGCCGUCAAAGCCGAUUUAUCUAAAGAAGAGGACAUCGUGGCGGCUUUCAAGCAAGUUUGUGACAAGUACGGUCCUGUUCACAUUUUGGUAAACAAUGCAGGAAUCAUGCCUAACACCGGACUCAGUGACGGUGAUGCUAAAAUUUGGAAGCAAGUUCUUGAUAUUAACGUUUUCGGAUUAUGUGUGGCCACAAGGGAAGCGGUAAAAGUGAUGAGAUGUAACAAAAUUGAGGGGCAUAUUGUGCACAUUAACAGUCUUAUUGGACACUUGGUGCCGGAUUUGGCAGGGCUGAAUGUGUAUCCGGCGUCGAAGUUCGCCGUUACGGCCCUGGCGGAGACGCUGCGGCAGGAGUUCAAUAGAGAAGAGGAGAGGAUUAAAAUUACGAGUGUGAGUCCUGGGGGUGUUGCUACAGGUCUUUUAGGAAAGGAUAAAUUCAAUAUUGAUCCUAGCGUUUUAAAUCAAAUGCCGCUUUUGGAACCGGAAGAUAUAGCUUGUGCUGUCAUGUACGCACUUUCCACUCCCCCUCGUGUUCAGAUAAGUGAAAUUAUUAUACGACCUAAUGGACAGAAAGCAUAAAGUUGUUUUGGUUCGAUCAAUAUGUUUAUUACUAUAUGUAAACAUACCAAAUAAAAUCUUAAGCCAUG